AUGAGCGUGCCCAAAGCUAGACUGCUAAAGGUAGCCGAAUUAUCUGCGAAAAUAUUUGACCAGAAUUUUAAUCCCACCGGUAUUAGAACAGGUUCCAAGAUUCUAAAUGAACGAUUAAAAGGCCCUUCGAUUGCAAGCUACUACGGAAACCCAGAUAUACUAAAGUUUAGACAUCUGAAGACACUAUAUCCUGACAUUGAAUUCAUUAACCUUGACGAACAGUACCGAUUAUCUAUGGUAGAAGCCAGGAAACGUCGUGGUAAAGGUACUCCAAAGAAGAUGAAGAAAGAAGCAGCUGCAGCUGCAAAGGGGAAGGGCAAAAAGAAAAAAUAG